GGCUCCGCUGAUCAGUCGCGUCGCUCUCGCAAUCGUCGGCGCCGCACUCGCGCUCCGCUGCUAGCAGCCUGCACUCGUAUGCAGCGGCUGCCGCGACCUCACUCCACCCCACCAUGAAAUCCCCUUAUAUUUUAAAGUUUCUUCUUAUAAACUUUUUUACCUAUGUCUUCGCUGAAUACUCUUGUCCACCAAAAUGCCAGUGUAUCCGAAAUGCGGUACGCUGUCUUCAGCAAGACUUGAUCGCUAUUCCGAAGGUGCCGGCUGAAACUCAUACUUUGGACCUGCGCUUUAAUAAAAUUUACGACAUAGCCCCGGGGAUCUUCAGCCACCUGCAUCGCCUGCGGUCGUUGCUUCUCAAUGACAACCGCCUGCGGGAGCUGCGCUCGGGCUCCUUCCACGGGCUCCAUCGGCUGAAGUACCUCUACCUUUACAGGAACAGAAUCCAGCAUAUCGACGCCGAUGUAUUCCAAGGCUUGACUCGCCUUGAGCAACUGUAUCUGCAUGUAAACGAGAUCCACCAAAUCGAACCUGACACUUUCCACAACCUACCACGGCUGGAAAGAUUGUACUUGCACAACAACCUCCUGAAAGGUUUGCCUCGGGGCUCGUUCCGAGGAAUGCCGAAGUUGCGCAAACUGCGAUUGGAUAGCAACGCGUUGGUAUGCGACUGUUCGAUCCUGUGGUUCGUCAAAAUGAUCACUGAUCACAGCCACAUGGAGGUCGCAGCAACGUGCUAUGGGCCCGCCACCGCCACUGGACUCCCCCUCGCCACUAUGAAGGAGCACGAUAUGCAUUGCCGACAACCGGAGAUCGCGAAGAAUCCUGAAGACAUCAUUGUUAACUUUGGAGAGGAUGCGAUGUUCUCUUGCGUGGCCACUGGGGAUCCCGCUCCAGAAAUCGUUUGGCUGCGAGACUCUGCUGCAUUGCCUCUUGACGCUAACCGUUAUGAAGUCAUGGACAACGGAACCCUUAUGGUGCAUAACGCAGACAUGGAAGAUAUCGGCGACUUUGAGUGUAUGGCUAAGAACCCUGCAGGAGAAGUAAGGUCCAGGCCUGCCAGAAUGAUCAUCCAUACCAAUACAGAAGUUCCCGUUUUUGCCGUUCUCCCUCAAAAACAAACCGCACGAAGUAAUCAGCCGUUCAUUAUAUUUGACUGCGUGGCAAACGGUAACCCGAAACCUCAUGUUGUGUGGUUUUUGAAUGAAGAAAGAUUACUGCUGAAUGAACGGUUCUCCAUCAAAUCCAACGGCUCUCUCGUGAUACAAAACGUUCAAGUCAUAGAUGCGGGAACUUACACUUGUCAAGCGGAAAAUAUAAAUGGAAAAAUUUCUGCAUCGGCUGUUUUGGAAGUUAUGAGUACUCCUGCUUUUCUAACAGUACCUACAGAUAAAACUGUAUCAACUGGAGAAAAAGUUGUAUUCGAAUGUAUUGCCAGGGGUAUGCCAAAACCUAAAAUAUCAUGGUUUCUGAAUACAAUGACUUUGCCUGAAAAUGAUAAUUAUAUCUUGAGUAACGACAGCCAAGUUUUAACGAUACAGGAAGCUACAAUGGAUGAAGAAGGACUAUAUCACUGCAGAGCUGAAAAUUCUGAAGGUUUAUCCGAAAUAUCUGCGACACUUAAAGUAAGAGAAAUAGAACAGACUGCUCCACGUAUUGUAAUGAAACCGGAAAAUACUGAUGCUUUUAAAGGAACGUCAAUACAGUUACCCUGUGAAUCAGAGGGCGAGCCUCCUGCUAAUAUAGAAUGGAGAAAAGACGGCACAAGAGUAAGGCAAGACGACAGAAUUAUUGUUAGUCUGAUAGGCAGUCUUAUAAUAAAUAAUGUUUCAAUUACAGAUAGCGGUCGCUAUGAAUGUUCUGCCGUAAAUGAAUAUGGCCGCGAUACUGUGUCAGUUUUCUUGACAGUAAAAGACCACAUUCUUCCUGGUGAUCAAUAUGUGAACAUAGCUCUGAUUGAAGCCACGAGGGACGUUGAUCUAGCAAUACAAAGAACCGUAGAACAAUUAUUUAACAACAGGAGUAAUACUCAUACCGACAUACAUCGAUUGUAUGCAGUUAGUAAUUUUCCUAAUGCGCCAGCCAGAGAAAUAGCUAGAGCAGCAGAAAUUUACGAACGCACUUUAGAUAAAGUCAAAGGUUUUGUACAAGCUGGACUAAAAAUAACUUCAACGGACCCGUUCAAUUAUGAAUCAGUAUUAUCUAAUGAACACUUAGAAGUAAUUGCAAGGUUGUCUGGUUGUGUAGCCCACAGGGAAAUCAAAGAUUGUUCAGAUAUGUGUUAUCAUAGCAAAUAUCGUAGCUACGAUGGGUCAUGUAAUAACUUUGCUCAUCCUAUGUGGGGAGCUUCAUUAACAGGAUUUAGAAGAAUCUUAUUUCCAAUAUAUGAGAAUGGGUUCAGUCAACCUAUAGGAUGGAACAAAGGACUAAAAUAUAAUGGAUAUGAAUUACCGAGCGCCCGCCUUGUAUCAACCGCAAUUAUUACUACUACAGAAAUUUCAGCCGACGUAGAAAUUACACACAUGACUAUGCAAUGGGGUCAGUGGCUGGAUCAUGAUUUAGACCAUGCUUUACCUUCUGUGAGUUCGGAAACUUGGGAUGGCGUCGACUGCAAAAAGACUUGCGAAUAUGCGGCCCCCUGUUUUCCAAUCGAUGUUCCUUCUGAUGAUCCCCGCAUAAGUAACCGUCGAUGUAUCGAUUUCAUCAGAACAAGUGCAGUUUGUGGAUCCGGCAUGACUUCGGCAUUGUUUGGGAGGUUGCAGCCAAGGGAGCAAAUUAAUCAAUUGACUUCAUUCAUUGAUGCGUCUCAAGUAUAUGGAUUUGAAAAGGCGGUGGCUGAAGAUUUGCGUGAUUUGACUAAUGAAAACGGAUUACUGAGAGUAGGGGCCACAUUUCCAGGCAAAAAGCCACUUUUACCGACAACCGGAAUAAAUGGCAUGGAUUGCAGACGUAAUCUUGAGGAAAGUACGCGAGCAUGUUUUGUUGCUGGUGAUAUUCGCGCUAACGAACAAAUUGGAUUGGCAGCAAUGCAUACUAUUUUUAUGAGAGAACAUAACCGACUCGCUUCCCAAUUAAAAGCAUUAAAUCCGUUUUGGGAUGGUGAUAGGGUUUAUCAAGAAGCAAGAAAGAUAGUUGGUGCAGAAAUUCAGAUGAUCACGUAUGACGACUGGUUGCCCCUCGUUAUUGGUCCUGAAGGACGCAAACAAUUGGGAGAGUACAAAGGGUAUAAUGCAAACUUGAAUCCAUCGAUUUCUAAUGUAUUUGCUACGGCGGCUUUGCGAUUUGGACAUUCAAUGAUCAAUCCUUUACUACAUCGUUAUGACGAAAAUUUUGAAACAAUUUCACAAGGUCACUUACUCCUGCGCCAUGCUUUCUUUUCACCUUGGAGGUUGGUUGACGAAGGAGGAACUGAUCCACUCAUAAGGGGUAUGUUUACGACACCAGCCAAAUUAAAAACUCCAACACAAAACCUGAAUUCGGAACUAACAGAAAAACUAUUUUAUAAUGCCCAUGCAGUCGCUUUAGAUUUAGCUGCUAUCAACAUUCAACGAGGCCGCGAUCAUGGUUUACCGCCAUACACAAAAUGGAGGGAAUUCUGUAAUAUGUCUGAGGUAAAUAACUUCGAUGACUUGAAAAAUGAGAUAUCGGAUAGAGAGGUCAGAGAAAAGUUGAAAAAACUUUACGGCACCGUAGAUAAUAUUGAUGUUUGGGUUGGCGGUAUUUUGGAAGAUCAAGUGGAAGGAGGGAAAGUAGGACCGUUGUUUCGGUGCAUUUUGAUUGAACAAUUCGCGCGAUUAAGGGAUGGUGACAGGUUUUGGUAUGAAAAUCCCACCAUGUUCAAACCCGUGCAACUUGAGCAAAUCAGACAGACGAGUCUGGCGCGGAUUUUAUGUGACAACGGCGAUAAUAUUGAUACGAUUGGAGAAAAUGUCUUCAUAUUACCUGAUGCACAGGACGGCCUCAUUUCAUGCGAUGAUUUGUCUUCGAUAGAGCUCCGAUAUUGGGUAGACUGUGAGAGCUGCGGUGACGACAGAUCCGAGCGGGCAGCACGUCGGCGAAGAGACCUUACCGAUGCAUUGGAUGAUGAUCGUUUCAACCAAAUUAAAGAUUCCCAAGCUGGUCUGUUGAAAACUGUCGAAAUGCUGAAAGAACGACUUGAGUCACUCGAGAAAACAUGUCUCGGCUAAACUUGUAGUUCACAUUUUAAAAUUACUAUAUGCUAUACUAAUCAUUAGUCAAUUUAUCGAAAUCUAAUGCAAUUUAAAGCACCAAUUUUAACAAUUGCAAUUUUAACCGUUCAAGUUAUAAAGAAACAAUUUCAAGUAGGUAUAAUAAAAUAUAAACACAAGAUUGCUAUUUAUUAUAAAUUGGAAAGUAUCUUUACCGAAAUACUUCCCUUGAAAUAAAAAUAAAUCAUAUCUAACUAUAUAUUAUUGAUGUUUAUGUAUGGAAAUUACGUAAAAUGCAACUUAAUCUAGUCUAAAUUAAUGCCUAAGUACUUAUAUGUAGUUUCUACUUCUACCUUUAUAAUGGAAAGAGUUUUGGCAACACUACCUACUUACUACUAUAUUAAGUAAAUACCUAUACCAAUGUCAUUCAUUGUUCAUAAAAUCAUUAAAGAAUAGUAAGUUUUUGUGCGUUUGUAUGUUUAUGCAUGCAUAGUCACUUAUUAAGAGUAUGUUUGUCUGGAUUUAGAGUCACUAGGAAAAGUAUAGGUUUUCGAAAAAAAAAUAAUGAUGUUAGUGUCAAUGAAGCAAUGAAGUAAUUCAAUUGAUUUUUGAAAAACUAUGAGAAAGUAACAUUCUCCUACAAGGUAGUUGCAUGCAUUAUUCCUGUUUGUGACAAGACGAGUGUUAUAAUAAAUAUUAUACUUAGGUCUGUAGUAUUAAAACAUGAUAUAUAAAAUAUUUUAAGAAUAAUAUUAUAAUAAUUAAUAUUAAUCAGAUCUCUGUAAUCUCUAAUACUAUGAAUUAUGAAUAUUUUAACUUGAUUGGGUUAUGAAAGAAACAAGGAUUUAAUAUUUUCAAAAACAUUACCUAUUGGCAUUUAUUUUUAAAUUGAUUUCGUGAAGAUAAGUUAGUAUUGUAUUCAAAUAAUAUAAAAAUAAAAUAAAUACUUUUCAUUCAAUAACAUUCUGUAAGCCCCUUUAAACAAGUCUAGUUGUUCCUAGAUAAACUUAGUGACUUAAUUAGAAAUUUAAGCAAUUUGAACAGUUCUCAGUGUAUCUGACACUUUCGAGUUUUAAUAGUAGAAAGUAGAACUAAGAAACUUCUUGAUGUAUUUUAACUUCUUGGUGUUCAAUAAAGAGAAAAAAACAA